AUGGCAAAUGUCACUGAUAGCUCGUUGGCAGGGUUCAUCUUGGUGGGCUUCUCUGACCGGCCCAGACUGGAGAUAGUACUGUUUGGGGUCGUCUUAAUCUUCUACCUCCUCACCCUAUUUGGCAACAUGACCAUCAUCCUCCUGUCGUCCCUGGACCCUCGACUCCACACCCCCAUGUACUUCUUCCUCACCAACCUCUCCUUCCUGGACCUCUGCUACACCACCAGCUCCAUCCCCCAGAUGCUGUACAACCUGUGGGGGGCAGACAAGACCAUCUCAUACCUGGGCUGUGCCAUCCAACUCUACUUUGUCCUAGCCUUCGGGGGUGUGGAAUGCGUCCUAUUGGCGGUCAUGUCUUAUGACCGCUAUGCUGCCAUCUGCCAACCUCUCCAUUACAGUGUCAUAAUGUCCCCACGACUCUGUGGCCAGCUGGCCUCCCUGGCCUGGUUGAGUGGGUUGGGAAACUCUCUGGUCAUGUCCCCUCAGACCCUGCUCCUUUCCCGUUGUGGCCGCCACCGAGUGGACCACUUCCUGUGUGAGAUGCCCGCUCUGAUUAGUCUGGCCUGUGUUGACACCUUGUUGACUGAAGCCGUGGCCUUUGCACUGGGCAUCUUAAUCAUCCUUGCCCCACUGAUGUUAAUUCUGGCCUCCUACAUCUUCAUCGCUCGGGCUGUGCUGAGGAUCAAGUCAGCGGUUGGGAGGCAGAAGGCUUUCAACACCUGUGGCUCUCACCUCACUGUCGUCAGUCUCUUCUAUGGCACCAUCAUCUACGUGUACCUGCAGCCGGCUGACAGUGCUUCUCAGGACCAGGGAAAGUUUCUCACGCUCUUCUACACCAUCAUCACCCCAUGUGCCAAUCCCCUCAUCUACUCCCUGAGGAAUAAAGAUGUGAAAGGGGCUCUGAAGAAGGUGUUCGGGCGGGAAAAUGAACCUGGAGGAACAGGGACCUGGAAUGAUCAACCCCAGGAUUUUGAGAACAGUGAGUCCGAAGCCAGCUGGUGCCUAAUCUUCUUCUUUCUGUUUUUUGCAUUCUCAAAGUUUGUUGCCCUCAUGCUGAUGUCAUAUGACCGCUAUGUGGCCAUCUGUUGCCCCUUGCACUAUGAAAUCACCAUGAAAGACAGAGUCUGUGUACAGAUGGUGGUGACUUCCUGGCCCAGCGAAGUCCCCCCACGCCUUGCACCCCCAUCGAGUGGUUUGCGAGUGGCCACUCCGCCGCCCAGCAGCAAUUCUGAAUAA